AUGACGGGCUGGGUUCCUUUUGCACAGCAAGAGACCGAUAGCAGAGUGGCUGAAGGACAGAUGAAGGAUGUCGGAGAGCAUUAUGCAGCUGUUGAACUUGCUCAGCUUUUUCCAUUACAGGUUUUCCAAGAGAAAGAUGAGGAAUACAAGGCCGUCCAAAACAGCUACUGGUCCGGAUGCCAGAAAGACCUGAGGCCUCGAUGUUUUUUCCAACCACACAACGCAGCCGAGGUGGCGAAGGCACUUUCACUCUGCGCUAAAGCAAACGUAGCGUUCGGCGUGAAGAGUGGCGGCCAUGGACACUUUGCAGGGCAGUCAUGUCUUGAUGGAGGUAUACAAUUCGACCUUGCCAAAUUGAACAGCAUCACGAUCAAUCGAGAAAAAGGUACUGCUUUAGUCGGUACAGGCAGUACCUGGCGGGCCGUCUAUACCAAACUACAAAAGGAAAACUUGAUGGCUAUAGGAGGUAGAUCUGCAGAUGUUGGAUUGGGCGGUUUUCUCAUCGGCGGUGGAAUUUCCUUCUACGCGGCUGAGCGUGGUUGGGGUAUCAAUAACGUGCGCUCAAUCGAGAUCGUUCUCGCUUCCGGCAAGGUCAUUACCGCCAGUGAAGACAGCAACCCAACCCUCUUCCGUGCUCUACAAGGCGGGGGCGCCAAUUUCGGCAUAAUCACUACCUACGAAUUGAUCACGAUUCCUUACAGCGGAAUGUGGGGUGGUCGUACCAUCCUCAAUGGAAAAUACUCCGAUGACGCCAUUCAAGCCUGGUGCGACUUCCAGUUUAGGUUGGACGAGGAUCCAACAGGCCAUUCCAUCAUCAUCCUUACCUGGGAGAAUGGGUUUUUCCAGAUCAUGCAGUAUAUCGUCUCCACAAAGCCCAUCGCUGACAGGCCUAUGUUUGAUCAACUCCGCAGCAUACCGGUGGACGAAUAUCCGAUCCCUCUCAAGAUGCUAGACUACACCGACCUAGCCUCCGACAUCGCCGAUCUUCAAGGCGAUCAUGGCUUCCGCGUCGGCUGCGCUACCCUUACGGUCGGCCUGGACGUGGACUUUCUGAAAUGGGUCCUGGUGGUGUUUGAGGAAGAGAUGAAAUCCCUUUGGGAAUUCGCUCGCGGCACAAUGGAGUAUCACUGCUUGCCUCGCACUUUCGAGCAGACGGGCAAUGUAUAUCCAUUUCAGGCCGGCCACAGAAAAUGGCUCGUACUCAUGCUCGGCGUUGGGUGGAUGGGUCAAGAAAACAGCGAAAAGGUUUACUCGGCGCAAAAAAGGUUGGUAGGACGUAUCAGGGCUGAGGCUAUCGAGCGCGGUCUCUACCAUCCUUUCCUCUUUGCCAACUACGCUGCCCACUGGCAGGAUGUGAUUGGUAGCUACGGACCGCAGAAUGUGAAAUUCCUGACCCAGGUGUCCGAGGAGUACGAUCCCGAUCAAGUCUUCCAGCGCUUGCACCAGGGUUCAUACAAGAUCAAAUCCCCCACGCUUCCGGGGGUUGAAUCGGAACCUCAUCUGUGA